CGGGGGGACAACAAGGAAGGGGAGGAGAGAGGAGCCCGUCCCGCCUUCCCUCCGCUCUCCUCCGUUCCUCGGCAGAACGGCGUCGGUGGGCGAUAUGGCUUGGAGGAGCGCAGGCCGGGCUGCGCUGCUCAUGUGCCGGGGACCGGCCGCCUCCUACGGUACUUCAGUAACAUCAGCCAAAGUCCAAGUGAAUGGAGUCAACCUGCAUUAUCAGCAGACAGGAGAAGGAAGCCAUGCAGUUCUUCUGCUUCCCGGAAUGCUAGGGAGUGGUCAAACUGAUUUUGGACCACAGCUUAAGUCUAUGAAUAAGCAACUUUUCACAAUUGUUGCUUGGGAUCCUCGGGGAUAUGGACAGUCCAUUCCUCCAUCUCGUGACUUUCCUCCAGAUUUCUUUGAGAGAGAUGCAAAAGAUGCUGUGGAUCUUAUGCAGGCACUGAAAUUUAAGAAGUUCUCUUUGUUGGGGUGGAGUGAUGGUGGAAUUACAGCCCUGAUUGCAGCUGCAAAGUAUCCAACGCUUAUCCACAAGUUGGUUGUCUGGGGAGCAAAUGCCAGCGUUACUCAAGAGGAUGUGAGAAUUUAUAAUGGCAUCCGAGAUGUUUCAAAAUGGAGUGAAAAAGUCAAGAAACCACUAGAAGAGAUGUAUGGACUUAAAUACUUUGCAAAAACCUGUGAGGCUUGGGUAGAUGGAAUAUCUCGCUUUGCUGAAAAAUCAGAUGGUAAUAUCUGCCAAGAGUUGCUGCCAGAUAUUAAAUGCCCUACAUUUAUAAUUCAUGGUGAGAAAGACCCUUUGGUUCCAAGGGCUCAUGCAGAAUACAUUCAUAGGCACAUCAAAGGCUCCCGGUUGCUUCUAAUGGCAGAAGGAAAGCAUAACCUACACCUGCGUUUUGCAGAGGAGUUCAACAGGCAAGUUGAAGAUUUCCUACAGACUUAAACUGUAAAACAAGUUAGAGGUGUUUGUCCUUGCCUUGUUUAGGAAUUUUAGUUGGCUUUCAAUUUCCAAUCAAGCUACAGGUAGAUUUGAGUCCUGUAAGAAACAACAUGAAAGAUACUUGCAUGAGCAGCACACAUUUUGAGAAUAUGUAAGCCUCAGUGGAUCAGAGCACACCACUGUGCUGCAGAAUUUCUGGCAUGUCUUUAAACUUAAGUCUUGUUGCACAGGCUGAAUAAUAGUUCUGUGUCCAAUAGAGGUGUUAAGAAAGACAGAAAACGUGAUCUAGAAUACAUGCCUUUAUGUGCUUUUAACAUUAAAGGACAAAAAACAUUGUAAUAACUGGAA